AUGAGGCCACAAUCUACAAGUGGCGGAAUCAACGCGGCUCCGACAAACCAUGGAAGAUACUCUACAAAACAUUUGCCGUACGCCCUUCUAGACUUUGAUAAACUCCAGGUUUUUGUCGAUUCUGUUUCAGGCACCCCAGAAAACCCACUGUGGGCCGGUGACAAUACUUCUUUCAAAUUCGAUGUUUCUCGGGUCACCGAUUUAAAUGUUCAAGUCUAUAUCCGAAACCCUGCUGCACGCCCUGGAAGUGGGCGCAGCGAUGAUAUCUUUCUUGGGGCCUGCAAAAUCAACCCUCGUUUUGAAGAGCCCCGUCGAUUUGUUGAAGACCCUAAAGCCAGCAAAAAGGAGCGCGAAAAGGCUGCAGCAGCGUUUGCCCAAAAAGAGAAGCAACUUGGCCAGCUUGGGUCCGAGUGGAUUGACCUGCAGUUUGGCACCGGAAGCAUAAAAAUUGGCGUUUCGUUCGUGGAAAACCGCCAGCGUAGUCUGACGAUGGCUGACUUUGAACUGCUGAAAGUUGUUGGGAAAGGUAGUUUCGGCAAAGUUAUGCAAGUUAUGAAACGUGACACUGGACGGAUAUAUGCUAUGAAGACUAUUCGAAAGGCCCACAUCAUCUCUCGCUCCGAAGUAGAACAUACCUUGGCCGAAAGAUCUGUAUUAUCGCAGAUUAGCAAUCCGUUCAUUGUCCCGCUAAAGUUCUCUUUCCAAUCGCCCGAAAAGCUAUACCUAGUUCUGGCAUUUGUGAAUGGUGGUGAACUUUUCCAUCAUCUUCAGCGUGAACAACGGUUUGAUAUCAAUAGGGCUCGGUUCUACACAGCUGAACUACUUUGCGCUCUAGAAUGCUUACACGGAUUUAAAGUGAUCUACAGAGAUCUAAAACCCGAAAAUAUCCUGUUAGAUUACUCCGGUCACAUUGCACUGUGUGACUUUGGCCUUUGCAAACUCGGCAUGAAAGAUGAAGAUCGCACAAACACUUUCUGUGGAACUCCUGAAUAUCUUGCUCCAGAGCUUCUCCUUGGCCAUGGAUAUACGAAGGCCGUUGACUGGUGGACUUUAGGAGUCCUUCUUUACGAGAUGUUAACAGGCCUUCCUCCAUUCUACGAUGAAGAUACAAAUGAAAUGUAUCGGAAGAUCUUGCAUGACCCUCUUACCUUCCCGGGCCCAGAGAUUGUUCCAGGAGCUGCGAGGGACCUUCUAUCUCGCCUUCUUGAUCGAGAUCCUCACCGUCGUCUGGGAGCCAACGGUGCUGGGGAAAUCAAAGGCCAUCACUUCUUCGCCAAUAUCGACUGGCGCAAAUUGUUGCAGCGUAAAUACGAGCCUAGCUUCCGGCCUAACGUGGCGGACGCCCGUGACACUGCAAAUUUUGAUGUUGAGUUUACCUCAGAAGUCCCUGUAGACUCCUACGAAGAAGGCUCCGGACUUUCUAGGACCAUGCAAAAGCCAUUUGAAGGAUGGUCUUACAAUCGCCCAGUUGCAGGCCUCAAUGAUGGAGGUGGCAGCGUCAGAGACCCUGCCUUCGGCAGUAUCCCUGAAUAA